AUGGUGGAAGUUGAUGCACUGAAUAUGGAGAUCAUGGGGUGGAAGUGUCUGCAACUAAAUGGAGCUUCUAUUAUCAUUUUAGUAAGUUUCCUCUCAUGCUCCCUAAUCAAAAUUGAAGAUGAAGAUGAUGAUGAUGUCGGUCUGAAUAAGACAUGGGUUCUCGCUCCAAAGUCUCAAGAUGCGGAUGCGACACACAUACUGAAUUCACUGUUGAGCGGCUAUGACAACAAAUUGAGGCCAGACGUUGGAAUAAAGCCAAUUGUUAUUGACGUGGACAUUUAUGUGAACAGCAUUGGCCCAGUAUCUGUUAUCCAGAUGGAGUACACCAUCGAUAUCUUCUUCGCACAAACAUGGUAUGACAGAAGGCUACGUUUUAACAGCACACUGAAAGUCCUGACAUUGAACAGUAACAUGGUGGGGCGCAUCUGGAUCCCAGACACCAUAUUCCGAAACUCAAAGCGGGCUGAUUCUCAUUGGAUCACCACACCCAAUCAACUGCUGAGAAUUUGGAAUGAUGGCAAGAUCCUCUAUACUCUGAGGCUCACAAUCGAGGCGGAAUGCCAGCUGUAUCUGCAGAACUUUCCCAUGGAUGAGCAGUCCUGUCCUCUCACCUUCUCCAGUUAUGGAUAUCCAAAAGAUGAAAUAACCUACAGAUGGAGACAAUACUCGAUUGAAGUCGCACACCAACGAUCCUGGCGACUCUACCAGUUUGAUUUUGUUCGUCUGCGGAAUACAACAGAAGUCCUCAAAACCACUGCAGGAGACUACACUUUGAUGAUAGUUUACUUUGAUUUAAGUCGCAGAAUGGGAUAUUUUGCGAUACAGACCUACAUCCCCUGUAUACUGACUGUAGUCCUAUCAUGGGUCUCAUUUUGGAUCAAGAGAGAUUCAACUCCUGCCAGAACCACACUCGGGAUCACUACUGUGCUGACCAUGACCACACUGAGCACUAUUUCCAGGAAAGCAUUGCCGAAGGUCUCCUAUAUUACUGCCAUGGACCUCUUUGUGUCUGUCUGUUUCAUCUUUGUCUUCGCGGCACUCAUGGAGUACGCCACCCUCAACUAUCUCGUAGGGACCAAGAGACCCAACCCCACAAAACGCAAACUCAAACCUGAAGCCAGUGCUCCAGGUGCAGAACCCUGCUUCACCACCAUCACUAUGAACAACCUGGCACAGUGGCAGGAGCCAGAGGGGGAGUUGCCUGACGACUGUCUAGAGGGUAAGGAUUGCCGCUCAUUCUUCUGCUGUAUCGAGGAUUGCCAGACUGGCACGUGGCGCCGGGGCCGCAUCCGCAUCCACAUCUCCAGGCUGGAUGCCUACUCCCGGGUCUUCUUCCCCACAGCCUUUCUACUCUUCAAUCUCAUUUACUGGAUCUCAUACCUCUACCUGUGA